UGUCUCGCUUUGUGAAACGCUACAGAUGCAGGGCUGUUACUGAGUGAGACAGAAGUGUGAACGAGUUCAGAAAGAAUCUCAUCGCCACGAGGCAGACAAGAGAUAAAACUGUGCCAUUUUCUGUAAUGUUUAAAUGGAUGUGAAAGAGGAGACGUGUGAGGCUGACCUGAAUAUCAUAAAAUUAAGGAUCAUAAAUGUUAAGGAGGAGGACUGUGAGUGGGAGAGUGUCCACCCCAAACAGGAGAGUCUGGACAUUAAGGAAGAGGACCGUGAACUGGGGUCAGUGAAAAUUAAAGAGCAGGAUGAAGAGAAGUGUGUCAGCACAGAGAUACACAACUAUAGAAGUUUGGAGAGUGUCGAGGAAGAUGACCUUCAUUAUGGACAUCAAGAUGGAGCAGUGACCAGGUUAGUCUCUUCUCAUAGCAGACACUCUUCAUCUCCGGAGUCUUCUAUCAAUGUAAAAUAUGAAUCAUUACAGUCUGACAGAAAGACUACUGAAGAGAUUUCAUCUCCUAGAACUGAGGAAGAUCAGCCAUCACCUAAGAAGUCAUCUAAAACAAGAAUCAAACUUCACUGCUGUUCUGAAUGUGGCAAACAGUUUUCAAUAAGAUGUAAUCUUCAAAGGCAUCAACGACUUCACACAGGAGUGAAGCCGUACGACUGUUCUGAAUGUGGUAAACAGUUUCCAGAAAGAAGCCAGCUUCAGCGCCACAAAAUAAUUCACACAGGGGAGAAGCCAUAUUGCUGUUCUGAAUGUGGUAAACAGUUUUCACGGAGAAGCAGUCUUCAGAGCCACCAAAGAAUUCACACAGGAGAGAAGCCAUAUUGCUGUUCUGAAUGUGAUAAACAGUUUUCAGACAGAAGCCAGCUUCAGCGCCACAAAAGAAUUCACACAGGGGAGAAGCCAUAUUGCUGUUCUGAAUGUGGUAAACAGUUUUCACGGAGAAGCUGUCUUCAGAGCCACCAAAGAAUUCACACUGGAGAGAAGCCAUAUUGCUGCUCUGAAUGUGGAAAACAAUUCUCUUAUAGUAGUAAUUUACGCAUACACAUUAAAACUCACUCAGGAGAGAAGCCGUAUUGCUGCUCUGAAUGUGGCAAAAAGUUUUUACAGAGCAGCCAUCUUAAGAGCCACCAAAGAAAUCACUCAGGAGAGAAGUCCUAUUCCUGUUCUGAAUGUGGAAAUGAAGCAGACCCAGAAGUCCUUAACAAAAAGCUAAUCGAGGUCUUCCCCAAGCUUACAGAUGCUGGAGGGUUUGAGCUCCUAAAAACUGCAGGGACAAGAAGGAGUUCUGAUCAGGUGUGUACAGGCAGUGAUGAGCCAGUGAUAGCAGAGUCAGCCAUUCCCAACUAUGACCUAGACAGCAGAUACACAGCUACUGAAGUCAGACCAUCUUCCUCAGCAAGUACUGCAAACAGUGCAGAACCCUACCCUGACAUUACUGAAGAUGAUUUGAAGGACAAAAUGGAUUGGAAAAACCUAAGUGAUCCACAGCAAGCAGCAAAGGAUUUUAAAAUGGCUUUGCUAAAAGAUAAUGAACAUGAAAAACCACUUGUUCUUAAAAUUGAUACAACUGUUAGCGAGGAAGAUCGUGAAAAAUCUCUUCUGUGCUUCUAUAAAAGAAAGCAAAAUUGGGCCUCCCCAGUUACCUGUACCCUGGAAGGAGACGCAGCUGUUGGAGAGGGUGUGGUCCGACACUUUUUUAGCACACUGCUGGGAAAGGUUCAGUUUGGUUUCAAUAUGAAUAUUGGAAAUGUAGCAGGAACAUCAUUGUUUGAAGGAGAACCUGACCACCUGAUCCCAAGCACUUCUGAGUGUCUUGUUGAGAGCAGUCUUUUUGAAGCAGCUGGAAGAAUAUUGGGGCACUCUUUCUUGCAGGAUGGGCCUUGUCUGGUUGGACUGAGUCCUGCUAUCAUACAUGUAUUACUUGGAGGUCAACCAGAGCUGACGAUUGUGCAGACCUGGACUACAGAGCCACAAUACAACUACUGCAAGGAGAUACAGCACUUACAGCAGACCAGGAGGAUAAAAUAUCACACCUUGCCCUGUCGUCGGAUCUGCCAGCUGUAUCUACAACUAACAGGAGGUGGCUACACAAUAAAAUGUUGCUACAUGCUGUAA